AUGCCGACGGCGAGCACCGAUGACAUUGGCCAGCUCUUCGACGAGAUCGCCAACAAGAGCACGAGCACAGUCUCUUGCGCCGAGCUCAGCACCGUGCUCCCGUUCACGGCGGGCGACGUCCAGCUCAUCUUGACAGGCGUAGUCGACGACAUGCGGCAGCACAAAGUGGAGCUGGAGAAGAAGGAGUUUACGCGGUACCUCAAGAAGGCCACGUCGACCAUCUCGCUUGCCCACGUCGUCGUGACGCUCCAGCGACGGCGACACAUGAAAACGUUCUCCGAGUUUUACCUCGCGCGGGGCGUCUCGGGUGCGCAGCUCGUGGGACCGGCGGAGAGUGGCGUGUCUCGACGCCGCAAUAGCCUUCCAGUCAACAGGCUGGACGCGGUCUCCAAUCAGAGCGACGACCGGCCCGCGGGCGAGCGCGACACCAAGGACGACCUUCAAGCUCAGUACGCUGCGCGCCAGCGCAUCGGCCUCGUGCGCGCCUGCCGCGCGGUCAAGACCGCGACCGAGGUGCGCACACGAUACCCGCUGCAAGAGCAUAAACAUACACAGGGCAUCUUUGCGAUCGCGUUUCACCGCAAGUCGCGCCGCCUCGAGCUCCACACCGUCGCGCCCACAACACGCGCUGGCCAGAUCUACUCGUCGCGGUAUUUCGUGCUGCUCUUCUCGCGGGAUGCGGGACAGCUCGCGAUUGGCUGCACCGGGUACCUCGGCGGGCACAUUUACUUGGUGCGCAAGCAGGGCUGCGCCCACUCGGCGCCGCCCGACAUUGUGCUGACGAGCUACGUGUUCGCCUCGCGCGACGUCGCGGCCGUCGUCGGGCUGGCCGAGCCGGAGCUGCAAGUGCCUGCCACCUCGGACACCCCCGAGACCGCGCUCAUCACGGCCCCCCUCGCCAUGCACGCGUUUGACGGCGCGGCGCAGGGCUACUGCCAGUACAUGAGCCAGCGCGCGUACAUCCUUGAAGAUGACGCGACACCAGCGCCGAUCAAGGCCAUGAUCGACGCAGAUGUGGCCACGAUAUGCGCGCUGUGGACCGAAGCCAAGUUCAAAAUGGGCCCGCGGACGGUCCAGACACCGCUCAAGCAGCACGUCAAGCAAUUUCUCAACUGCGGCACCGGGUCCUACACGGCGCUGACCCGAGACGGACAAGUCUAUGCGUGGGGCCAAGACGCUGUCGAGAGCCUCGGGAGCCACGUCGCAUUGGACCCGACUCAGAACAUCCCGCGCAAGCUACCAGGAUUUCCGAAUCCAGUCGCCAAGGUGACUUGCGGAGGGCAGCACGUUCUUGGCCUCGACGCGGCAGGGGUGGCCUACAGCUGGGGCAGCAACGCCCACGGCCAACUCGGGCUGGGCCAUCUCGACGACCGCAACACGCCGACGCGAAUCGGCGUCGUAGGGAGCCCUAUGAUCAUCGACAUCGCUGCAGGCGACAACCACAGCUUGCUCUUGACCAAUGCCGGUACGGUUCUAGCGUGCGGCAACAACUGGUCGGGUCAGCUCGGCACCGGCGGCAGCGCGCACCUCGAUGUCAUGACGCCGAUUGCGUUCGAGGCCAACGACCCGAUGUACCUGAUUCAGGCUGUCGGCGAGACGUCGGCCGCCGUGUCGGUGGCAGGGGUUGUCUGUGUCUGGGGGCUCUGUGCAGUGCCGCUUCUCGGUGUCGUCACGCGGCGGACGCCCCAGCAACUUCAUUACGCGGCAAUGGACGCACACAAGCCGAGCCGGGGCUUUGGCCGCCUCGACGCUGCCGACACGCUGCACGUUGUCACCUCGAUCGCGCUCGCCGCCGGCUGCGUCGUCCUCGCAGUCGCCCCCGUCCCGUAUGCAAAGCUGCCCAAGACGUAGGGAAUAGUAGAUCAUGUAUGUUACCACUUUCGAA